CUCGGAAUCGAUCUCGGCACUACAUUUACAUGCGCUUUCACUUCGAAUGCGGACGGCAAUCUCGAAAUCUUAGAGUUGCACCAUGGAAGUCGCAUCACUCGCUCCGUCGUGCAGAUCGCCAAGGGUAAAUGGUCCAUUCCGCGCGCGACGGACUUGGCCAGUCCGCAACGCAAACAUCUGUCACUCGCGAAACGUCUCAUUGGUCGAACCUCAGACGACAGGCAGCUCGCUGAGGAUAUCAAGUCAGUUUGCCAUAUCGUUGGAGAUGAUACACCUCGGUUUUCCACCGGCGUACCGGGUGAAGCAGUCCUCCCUGAAGAGGUUUCUGCCUUUAUCCUUGGACGCAUUCGUAACCUUGCAAUUGCGCGGAUGGGUCAGGAUCUCAACAAUUGUGUAGUGGCAGUACCUGCAUACUUCACACAUCGGCAGCGGGAGGCCACAGUCGAUGCCGCCGAGAUUGCCGGGUUUGAACGUCAGCAUGUUACCUUGGUACCUGAGCCAUUGGCCGCUCUGGUGGCUUAUGUUGAGGGUGACGGCCAGAAUUCCGCCUCGAAACAGGAUGGUCACUGGAUGGUUGUCGAUAUUGGCGGCGGAACUUCGGACUUCACGGUUGCAUAUAUCGAGAGAACCGAAUCCCGGCAUUCUUAUGUUGUGAACGCUACACGUGGCCAUAAUGCCCUUGGAGGGACCGAUUUCGAUGAAGUCCUGAUGGAAUACGUAUACGACCAGGCUUGCGGUGAUUCGGAUGACGAGUUGCUCGUGGACCGCCAAAAACUACUCGCUGCUUGUGAGAGGGCCAAGGAGGAACUGUCACAGACCACGUCUACCGUCGUCACACUGGAAGACGAAUUCGGAGAGGAAUUAGCUGAGGUGGAAGUCAACCUGGAAGACGCAGAAAGAGCAUGGCAAGACGAGAUAGCGAUGAUCAGGGAUUUGAUUCAGAAUGUUCUCCGGCAGAGUGCAAAUAAGAAAGUGGCCAAUGUGUUGGUAGCUGGAGGUACGGGCAAUAUGCGGUGCGUCAGAGCGGUCAUCAGAGAUGUGCUGCCAGAAGCGCAAGUUCACCACUCCAAUCUCUCGGAGGCAGUCGGACAGGGCGCUGCGCUGGUUGGCUCCAACUCUAAGAUCACCAUGACUGAUGUGCUUCCCCGCGGCAUUGGUAUAGAGCUAGAGAACGGUGAGAUGGGGUUUAUCCUGGCCCAAAACGCGGCUUUACCAGCAACGGCAGUCCAAGUGUUCGGCACUCCUGUGGAUAACUGCCCAUUACUGCGCAUCAGGAUCUUCGAAGGAGAUAGCUCGAAGGUCAGAAAGAACAUCCUCCUAGGGAAUUUCAACAUCACGGAUAUACCUCUACUUCCAGCCGGCACGCCAGUCAAGGUCACUAUCAACAUCGACCGGCUUGGAGAAGUAGCCGCAUCCGCC